CAGGCGUAGUGUAAUAUUUAUCGAUAAACAGAGUAAUUUCUGACCUUCUAGCCGUUAAAAUAAAGUAUUAACACCAAUUUGAUAGUAUAUGUCCGUUCCUUCACCAAGAUUGUAUAUAAACAUAUAAAUUUCAAGUGUUUCCUAGCGGAAGAUUAAUAUAUUCUAUCACGCCAGAUUUUACGUCACUUCCGUAUCAACAUUAGUACAUGCGAGUUCACGAAUAUGGCGGCUGUUUUCAAACAAAAUCGUACAGAUGUAAACAAAACUUUCCGAUAGUCUGUUCCACGAUUGAUGUCUUCACACAUGAUCAACCAUGGUUGAGAAGGGUCGCUUCUUAGUCGUUAUCUCGGUUCUUGAAGGACGACGAUUUCCUAAGCGACCACGACAUCAGAUAAUAGCAGAAGCUCGGUUUGAUGGAGAACUUUUGUCAACUGAUCCAGUAAAUCAUGUGGAAAAUCCAGACUUUACACAGGAGUUGGCCUGGGAGCUGGACAAGAAAGGCUUACAGCAGCAUCGACUUCAGAGAACGUCCAUCAAGAUUCAGUGCUAUGCCUAUGAUAGUUCCAGUACAAUGAAAGAAGCCAUUGGCUAUGUGGUAUUGGAUCUACGAUCAGUGACUGCUAAACAGACGGCGAAAUGGUAUCCUCUUUUACACUCCAAGUACAGUAAAAACAAGUCAGAAAUUAAGCUUUCUAUCUAUCUGGAUGAAGAUAAAAGUGGUGAACAACCAAGCUUCCGAGCAAAGGAAGCUCCAGCAAGAAUUAUUGAGGAUCCAGCAGUUGGUCCAGAUGAAGCCCGAGGACUGCGGCCAAUACUCAAUGAGGAGGAGGGCUACUACCAGAUAGGACCAGCCUCCAAGUGCAAGGAUCAGUUUGUCCUCUCAGUUACUAUUGCAUAUGCUGCAAACUUGCCACAGCUGAUACCCAGUACACAACCCUUACCUCCUGAUGCCAGUGGCUACUUUUUCUACUUCUCCCUACUUGGGAACGAUGUCACAAAUGAGGUAUUCAAUGAUCUUAUCAGCCCCAACUUCCCAGCGGAGAGGGCAUCUGUUCGGAUCAGGACGAGUGUGGACGCCCUGCGACUGUUUUUCUCCCAUCAGCCAGGCAUUCAGGUUCACCUGUGUUGUGGGGAGCAGUCUCUUGGGAGCUGUGAGGUUCCACUCAAUUCUCUCCUUCAAAAGAACAGUACAGAAAUUUAUAUGAAACCAGUGGCUGUGGAAGGAUCAUUUCAGUUAAUUCCACCAAACAAGACAAAGCAGCAGAUACCAAGUGUACCAAGCGACCUGUCUCCUGCUGUCGGCGUGUCAGUCAUACUCAGGAAGGAGGAUAUGGCAAUGAAAUCACCUGUGAAGGAAUCUCCACCUCGUAAAGACCAGGAUGUACAGAGGGAUUCUUCUCCACCCCGACCCAAAGAGUCCCCUAAAACUAAAAAAUCCCCGCCUAAAGGGACCAAAUCUAAAUCUAAAACAAAAGGCAAGGACAAAGAGGUAGUCCCCAAGCAGGCGGCAGCUGAUGACUAUCCGGACGAUUUUGAGGAGGAAAAUACUCACGAAAACUUGAGUAGUAUUGAAGAGGAUAGAUUGAGAGAAAAAGCAGCAAAGAAAUCUGACCAAAGGGGAGAUAAGCCAGCCAGACGGAGCCUGUCCCCACCCACAGCUAGUCCUGUAAGGCCCUCUGAUCAAGGUGCAGCAGGCAGCAUAGACACAACCUCACACCAUGUGGCUAUCCCACCUCAGGCCCAUCAUUUCACCUUUUCCAUCGACCUCCGCAGCAUCAAGGACAUGGCCAGCACAAACACACUCUACGUCUUUAUCAGGUACACGUACCCAUUCUUCGGUAGUGCAGCACCCAUCUCAACCAACCCACCUGUCGAGAUACGCAAAGGGAUGGAAGUCCUAUUGCCACAGUCCUUCUGUGCUUUUGACUUUGCUUGUACUCUAGCACAGCUUCAGGAGACUUUCCUCAGGGUGCCUCUGAUUGUGGAAGUUUGGCACAGAGACAAGCAGCUGUCCAAGGAUGUGUUACUGGGCACGGCGCGACUUCCUCUGGGCAACAUUAUCACUGCGGACAAAAUGAGGAUAGCGCAGAGUAAGACUGGAAGUAUAGGAUGGAGACAGGCUUGCAGUGACCGGGUCACAGUCCAGGCUAACGACAGUGACCAGCGUAAGGUUGGAGAGGUCAGCACGGUGCUUAGUCUGGAGGACUGGGGCACCAUCACCACACAGCAAAUCAUUGUCCAGCAGGAGUCUUCUGGGACUCACAGUGUGACCGAGUCCCUCGGACAGAACAUUGCGGGUGCAGCAAGGGCACAGUCACAGACCCAACAGGCCCCACCACGUGCUCCAUCUCCGGCCCCACGCGAGUCAGCCGAGUACAAGGCCGCACUGGAACUGGAAAUGUGGAAGGAGGGGCAGGAACAUUUGUUUGAAAACCAGUUAAAGCAAAAAGAAACAAUGUACAUGAAAGCUCUCGCAGAAGAAUGGAAGAAAAGGGACAAAGAGAGAGAAAUUUUAAUGAAGAAAAAGAUGGCGGAGUAUGCACAACUUGAAGACCAGCUGAGGAAAACUUUGUCUGACCUUGAAAAACGUGAAAAACAACUGGCUGCUAAUGAACAACAGGUGACCAGAAUGAAAGCUGAUUUACAACGAGAGCAUGACAGGAAGCUGCAGGAUGUACGGGAGGCUUCACGCAGGAUGAAGGAGGACUGCGACCACCAGGUUGAGCUGGAGAGGUUAAAGUGCAAAGAAAUUGAAGGGCUUAUUGACAGAUACAAGCGAGAGAUAACGGAUUUGGAGAAAAAGAAUCAGAAUUUGGAAAAGGAUUUUGCUGUGUAUAAGGAGCAGCAGAACACCAAACCUGAGGUCCGGCUACAGUCUGAGAUUAACUUACUGACACUGGAGAAGGUGGAACUGGAGCGUAAGUUGGAUGCUAUAGCCAAGUCGAAGGUCCACUACAAACAGCAGUGGGGCCGCGCCCUCAAGGAGCUGGCCAGACUAAAACAGAAGGAACAGGUGGCUGCCAAAUCAGAGUUAAAACGUCAGCAGCAAGAACUGGAACACAUGCGUCUGCGUUACCUCGCUGCAGAGGAGAAGGAGGUCGUCAAGUCGGAGAAAAAGGAAUUAGAGGACCUCAAAAAUGAACUCAACAGGCUCAGGCAGAUAGAAGAGGAGAAAGCCAAAUCUCUGAACCAUUCUCUGAGUCCGCGGGAAUACUCUGGAUCCAAGGGUGAGGAGAGCCAGGGCCUUGAUGAACACAUCACACGCCUCAUUGAGGAACGCGACACGUUGUUGAGGACAGGCGUUUACACCACACAGGACCGUAUCAUUGCUGAGCUGGAUAGACAGAUAAGGGAGUCUAUGGUACAGAAAAAAACAAACGCUUUAUAACAUCAAGCCGUAAGAUUGUCCAAUGUACCCUGUCAUGUCUUGGCCAAGUCAGAUGUCCUUGUACUUCCUGGCAGGAAAUGAGCAGCAAGUCAGGAGAUUGAAUGCAUUGUAUUGAUAAGUAAGACAUACCCUCCUAGGUGAGAUCCAAGCAUCCAAGUGAUCGUGUUCUGUGCAGCAACUUAAACAGGUGUUUGUUCCGGUGGAUGGUAUUUGAAUGAAGACUGUAAAUGAGAGACGAGAUGGACGUGACAUUUCUCACUGUUACCCUGUGAUAUUUUAAACUUCUCAGAGUUUUCCAAGUCUGAUUAAAUAUGUGAAGCUUUAUGGAACAUUUUAUUGAAUGAAGAUUAACUCUCAUCAAGCUGACCUGCUUGACCAAGAGAAUAGUGUGCCUGUAUACUUGUUAGCGUAGAAAUGAAAGUAUUAGUGUAUGUUAAUGGGUGUAGAUACAUACCAACCUGUUUGUAUAAGAGUAUCUGAAUUCUUCAAACCUUUUUAUAUGAUUUUGUGCUUCAGUACAGGUUGUAAAUCAAACUGCUAUUAUACCUGAUGCUUAUAUAUAGAAUCCUAGAGUAAUAUAUAGUACCUUACUGAAGUCUGUAGUUGUUACUCUAUAAUUUAUGUGAUUGAGCUAUAUGUAGUAUGGAUUUCUUUGGAUAUCUUUUUUUUCUAUGCCACUAUGUAAUAUAAGGUGUUAAAUUUACUACCUUGACAGAAAAUCAACUCUUCAAUUACAGAGAAAAUAAUUCUGUAUAAUUCUGAUUGGAGAUAUUAAAAAGAAAUAUUACAUGUACAUGUACACAACAUUAUAUACGUUUUAAUCAUGUGGCCAUUAUAACACAUGAUCUCAGUACAUUAUAAAAUAUUUGUCUCGAUAGAAUGCCUGAAUAGAUUUAAUUUUGCCAUGAACUUAGUGUAUGAAUAUUUGUUAAAUAUCAUUACAAAAAUUAAGUUGGUUUAGUUAAUUAUUCUAUCAACCACGCAUGAUUGAUGCUCAAGAUUAGAUCUCUGCUAGGUGAUAUAUUUGCCAUUAAUUAAUAUAAUGUAUGUUAGCAGAUGUAUGUGAUGCUAUCACAAAGUGUGUAACAUUGACACGUAUACAAAAGGAUUGGUACAACUUUAUGUGGAUCUACUUUGUUACCUGUUCAGUGUUGUACAGGUAACUACCUUUUAACAGAACAAUAUAUUGCUAGGUUGCUACAUGUUUGAAAUGUAAAUUAUUGUACAUACAUUUUGAAAGAUGACAUGCAAUGCCUAAAAAUAAACAAAUACAAAACCUUUCCCUUCCUUGAUUUUGACUUCUUGUGCAGGUAAAAUUAUGUUUUAAAU